CGCAAACCAACCAACCAGACCUAGCACAUUGUUCAAUGUUUGACGAAUAUAAAUUUUAUUACCAAAACAAAAUUCUAGCGUUCCAACAACAACAACAACAAAAUGUUAUAAGGUAAAUGACAUUAAAAAUAAACAAUUAUAUUGAAAUAAUUAAUUCGAAUACCUGUUUGCCGAAACAGCCUAGCAUAAAAUGCAUGCAGUCUGGAGAAUUAGUCGGCCACACGUUCUAAUCAGUUCGAAAGUGUUAAUCGUGCAACGCGGCUGUUUAAAUCGCGAGCAUUUCAAUUAAUCCAAAAGAAAAAUAGAAAACAUAUUCAAAAUGGAAUUUAAAGCUAGUUUCUUUCAACACAUUCAAAACGCAUUUAGUUACAUAAAUUACAAAUACAAUCAGUUACGCCAUACCACAAAUGAAUAUAGAAUUAUCAACACUUCUUAUGGUCAAAUUAAGGGAGUUAAACGGAUAAAUUCUUGUGAUUCAAAUCAGAGCUUUUUUGCCUACGAAGGUAUACCAUUUGCCAAACCACCCAUUAAUGAGCUGAGAUUUCGUGCACCGCAACCUCCUGAGCCAUGGCAGGAUAUACUUAACUGUACGAGAACAAAAUCAAAACCUUGCCAAGUGAAUGCAUUGUUUGGAUUCGUUGAGGGAUCGGAGGAUUGUUUAUACCUCAAUGUUUAUGUUAAAGAGAAUGAGAACGUUAAACAACCCUUACCAGUAAUGGUGUAUAUCUAUGGCGGGGGAUUUCAAUUUGGCGAGGCCACAACAGAUCUGUAUGAUCCAAAUUUCUUUAUGACUCAGGAUGUCAUUGUGGUGACUUUUAACUACAGACUUGGAGUAUUCGGAUUCCUCUGUCUCGACGAUCCCAAUCUCAAUAUACCCGGUAAUGCUGGCAUAAAGGACCAACUUUUAGCAUUAAAAUGGAUCAAAGAAAACAUACACAAUUUCAAUGGAGAUCCGGAAAAUAUUACUCUUUUUGGAGAAAGUGCUGGAGCUGUUUCGACGCACAUGUUAAUGCUGUCUCCUCAUGCCAAGGGCUUGUUUCACAAGGCCAUUCUACAAUCGGGUUCUGCAUUAUGUCCAUGGGGUUUUACCAACAAACAUGAUUGGGGCUAUAAAUUGGCCUGUCACUUGGGCUACAAGGGAGGCAAUGAUGAUGAGGCUGUUUACAAAUACUUAAUGGCAUGUAAAUCUCGACAUUUGACCAUCAAACCCAGAGAUCUAUUAACAGAUACAGAUAUAUUGGAAACUAAUGCAUUCUGCUCAUUUGUACCCGUUGCGGAGCCAUAUGAGACCAAAGAUUGUAUAAUCAGCAAAUCGCCUAAGGAAUUACUCUCCACUGCCUGGGGUAAUACAAUACCCGUCAUUAUUGGAGGUAACUCAGCUGAGGGUUUGUUUUACUACCACUAUCUUAAGGAGUAUGAGGAGUUGUAUAGAAACCCCGAAAACUUACAACAUUUAUUACCCGUUGAAAUAAAACUCGAGUUAACGGGAACAGAAACCCACAAAAUGUUGGACAAACUAAAACAGGAAUAUUUCAAUGGCAUGGAUCCCCAUAUAAGGGAGAAUUUUCUGUCCUACCUGGAUGCAAUGGGUCACAAAUAUUUCUGGCAUCCCAUGUAUCGGGCCAUUAAAGCUCGCUCAGCAUAUGCCAAGAAUGCCGCCACAUAUUGCUACUUUUUUAAUUUUGUGACGAGUAAAGGAAAUUUGUCUCGAGUGUUCCUAUGUUCCGAUCCCAAUGCCACAGGUGCUGGCCAUGGUGAUGAGGUCUGCUAUCUCUUUAGAAAUGCCAUAUCAAAAACUCUUUUAUCUUCCCAGACUGAAUUGGAUUGCAGAUCGCAAAUGAUUGGCAUGUGGUGUAAUUUUGCGUUACUUUCCACUCCAAAUUGUUACAAAACUAGUGCCAUCACUUGGGAUAGUGUGAGCGCGGAUGCGAAUGAUGUAAAGUGUCUGGUUAUUGCAGAUACAGUUGAAAUGAAUACUCUGCCGAUUCAGAGACAAAUGCAAUGCUGGUCUGAUUUUUAUACCAGCGAAUCUUUAAUUUAAUUUAAUUAAGUGUUAAUGUAGUUUCAACAGUAAACAUUUCUAUGAAAUAAGCAAGGGAGAGCUAAGUUCAAAAUCUGUUAUUUUUCUCAGCUGAUCGUUUAAAGAAUAUUUUUUUCAAUUUUACCUAAAAAAUACUCUUCUUCGUCAGAAAAUGUUAAUUUUUUUGAUAAGUGUGUUAGUUAUUUAACAAUUAUUAACCAGUAAAGAAAGUCUUAAAGUCGGGCGGGGCCGACUUUAUGAUACCCUUCACCACUUUGCUAAUUUAGUAAAGCUCCAUAUAAAAAUUAAAAGUUUUUUUAUUUGAGAAGGGACUAAAUAUGCCGAAGCAUUUGAAUCUUUUAAAUUCGGACUUGUAUUGCCCAUUUGGUGUACAAUUAAUUUGAAAUCGGAUAAAGAUAUAUAUGGAAGCUUUAUCCAAAUCGGAACCGAUCUCGAUAAAAUUUGGCAAAGAUAUUUCUGAGCUGUAUUUAAUAUAUAUCUCUAAAUAUCGUUGUUAGGGAGUGCAUAUUACGGCUGUGGGUAACAAAUAUAACAAAUCGGAUGAACAAUAUAUAUGGGAGCUAUAGCUAUGUCUGAACCGAUCUUCACCAAAUUUGGCAUACUGCCUUCUAGACUCAAUUCGGUCGUAUGUGUCAAAUUCCAUCCAAUUUGGACAAUAUUAGUCGUUUGGUGCACAAUAAAAGGUAAAUCGGACGAAGUUAUAUAUGGAAGCUUUAUCCAAAUCGGAACCGAUCUCGAUAAAAUUUGGCAAAGAUAUUUCUGAUCUGCAUUUGAUAUAUUUCCCCAAAUAUUGUUGUUACAGAAUGCAUAUUACGGCUGCGGAGGACAAAAAUAACAAAUCGGAUGAACAAUAUAUAUCUGAACCGAUUUCGAUAGAAUUUGGCCUACUUAUUUUCAGGCCUAAUCUGGUUUUAUGUACAAAAUUCCAUACCAUUCGGCCUGAUAUUACACGUUUAGAGCACAAUAAAAGGCAAAUCGGACGAAAAUGUAUAUGGGAGCUAUAUCUAAAUUUUGACCGAUUAUCUCCAAUUUCAAUAGGGUUCGUCCUUGGGCCAAACAAAUGAUAUGUGCAAAAUUUCAUCUGGAUAGGGCAAUAAAUGCGAACUGAACUUUGUUUACAAAAAUACAUGGAUAGACGGACGGGCGGACAUGCAUAAAUCGAGAAUGUGAUUCUUUGCAGAUCAUCAAAAGGAACUAUGGAUCUAUCUCGUUUCCUUUUGCCUGUUACAAACAAAUGCACAAAGACACCUUGUGGUGUAGGGUAUAAAAAGCAGCUAAGUUCGACUGGGCCGAACUUGUUAUGUCCUCCAUCAUUUGGAAGGAAAUUGAAAAAAUCCGAAAACUACCUUCUAAAUGGAAACCGUUAUAUGGGGACUGUACGAAGACGUAGAUGAAGACGUGAAUAAUGUCGCUAAAAUCAUUAAAACAUCGAAUAUCGUUAUAUGGGGGGCUAUACGAAGACGUGGACCCUAAUACAAAACAUUUUGUCAUAGGUUGUAGUACCAACUUAAAAUACGAAAUUUGAAAUAAUUCCGGUAAAUAAUGUCGCUUAAAUAUCCCUAAAAUAUCCCAGACAAAAAACAAGGGAACUGAUGAGGAUUGGUGGCUCUUUCCCUGCCCUGUCCCCUGGUAAACAUUACCAUCGUUCUCCACUUGUUUCUAUAAAAACAACAACAAUGGGAUUAAGCCUGGCUAUUUUUAAACAACAAAGUGAUUGCCAUACAAUGUUGGAGCAUAUAUAAAUUGUAAUUUUCAAAGGCUUUUGGCCUUUUAUAUUUUAUACAUACAAAAUAAUACAAUUCACAAUAUUUGGAUCUUCAACACUUUAUAACUUUAUGUGAGAAAGGUUAGAAUUAUUGGUUUUUGGAAUAGGAUUUUCUCCCUAAUGAGAAUUAAAAGUAUUAAUAUUGAAACUAGCAUUUAUGCUGAAAUUUUAUUCCAAAAUUGGUUCCAACCCAAUGUAAACUUAAACUUAAACCAAAACCAUUUGUUAAUAUUUCUCCUUCAGAGGUUUAAAUGCCCAUUAUGUGCUUUAAAUCAUGAAUUUCAGAAAACUCCGUUCAAAAUGUGUCGAAAGUCUGCCUUAACUUUAUGACAAUUUUCUUUCAGAAUGGUAAUUACCCUAUUUCAAAUGCUUCUAUUUAAAAAUUAUGCUUUAAACAUUAAAAUUCGAAAUUGCGGGAGCUACAACUUAUGAUGCAUUUCGAACAUGACCCAUCAGCAAAAAUUGGCUUCUCUAUCACAAUUCGGUUGGAAAAUCAACAGAUAGCCUACUAUUAUGUCGAUUGUCGACUACUAUUUGAUCGAUUGCUAUAGGAAAACAAUGAAUAUAACUUCCAUUGUAAAGUCUUUGCUAUACCUUUCGAUCACUUUUACUUAUUUUCCAGAUUUCUUAUUCUGUUAAUACAAAAAAAUAUUGCUCAUACUUUGAUUUUGCACGUGUUGAACAUUUCUGAAUAUUAUUGUUUUUUGUUCCUACUAGUAGUCGGCUUGAAGAUGUGUUUUACGUCAGAUUUGCAAAUUCAACCAGUUUUGAAAAUAUUAGCAUCUUCAACAGUUAGCGGUGGUAUUGCCUUAUAAACACACUUCCCAAUGGUAAUACACUUGUUUUAAACUAAUCCGGAAUGCAUUCUAAUUUAUUUGAUAUAAAAGUAGUUUUUUUUUUUUUUUUUUUUUUUGUGGGAAUUAAAAUUUCAGCAUUAAUUCAUAUUCUGACACACUCAUUUCAAAACAGUCGAUUGUAGAAGAAAGCAUGAGUACCGGUGCUUCGACAUAAUUCUCCCGUUUUGAUAUAUUUUGUUGGGGAAUCGUUGGUUUCAGAAGUGAUUAAGGGAAAGUAAAAUAUCUCCUUUCUAUCUCAAGCAAAUAGAAUUAAGUUUGCCAUUACCCUUCUAAAUCCUUGUAGCGUUUAAAGUCUCUUAAAAUAUAUGUUCAAAAUAACAAAUGAAUUAUUGUUAUC